CUUACAAAACAGCAAAAACUCUUACAUAUGGUAAGAACUAGAUUUUUAGAGGGAACAGCUUUUUAACAAGAAAACUCAAGCAAUUGCUGCCAUGGCGGGGAAGCCAGUCCUUCACUACUUUGAUGGCAGGGGAAGAAUGGAGCCUAUCCGGUGGCUCUUGGCUGCGGCUGGUGUGGAGUUUGAAGAAAAAUUUCUGAAAACUCGGGAUGACCUGGCAAGGUUACGAAGUGAUGGGAGUUUGAUGUUCCAGCAAGUGCCCAUGGUAGAGAUCGACGGGAUGAAGCUGGUGCAGACCAGAGCCAUUAUGAACUACAUUGCCUCCAAAUACAACCUCUAUGGGAAGGACAUGAAGGAGAGAGCCAUCAUUGACAUGUACACAGAAGGCGUGACGGAUCUGGAGAUAAUGAUUCUCUAUUACCCCCACAUGCCCCCUGAGGAGAAAGAGGCUAGCCUUGCCAAGAUCAAGGAACAAGCAAGGAACCGUUACUUCCCUGCCUAUGAAAAGGUGUUGAAGAGCCAUGGACAAGAUUAUCUUGUUGGCAACAGGCUGAGCAGGGCUGAUGUUUCCCUGGUUGAACUCCUCUACCAUGUGGAAGAGCUGGACCCGGGCGUUGUGGACAACUUCCCUCUCCUGAAGGNGCUGAGGACCAGAGUCAGCAACCUCCCCACAGUGAAGAAGUUUCUUCAACCUGGCAGCCAGAGGAAGCCUUUUGAUGAUGCAAAAUGUGUCGAAUCAGCAAAGAAGAUUUUCAGUUAAUUCAGGCAUCUGUGGAUACAGAGCACCACAAAGCCAACCUUCUAAAACUUUGCAUCACAUUGAAGUGUUUUGACUAAGUGUUGACCCUACUUAGAAAGUUAACAAGUUUUCUAAGGCGUCUGUGUUAAUUCCGGUAGACAUGACUGAUGAGGAAUGGCCGGGAUGCUCUCUAAUUGUAGUUAAAAUUGAAAUCAUGAUCACUUCCUCGGAUUUUUCUUACUGUUCGAUAGAACAACACAAGCUUCUUAGACUCUGGAGUAUUCAAACAUUGUCAUGCAAUAGCUGUCAUAUCCUUUUCAAACAGAGGAGAAAUCCUCCUGUCAAAUUCUGGCUGAUGCAAAACUAACCUUUCCUUACAGAGAGUGUCCUUCCUGACCAAAUGCACACAGAUGUGCACACUCAACUGUGAGGAGCUGUUUUCCUUUAACCUAGUAAUGGUUUUCUUAUUCAGUUACACAAAUAAUACAUUUAUGUUCAAUAUGGAGCAAUCGUUCUUCCUGGGGCUGCAAGAAAGAUGGAUACAGCAGGGACAAUCAAAUCACCCAGCCACAGAAUCUUGAAUUUCUGUAAUAAAAGUAUUAAAAACAUAGGUAUUCCUAAUACAAAA